AUGAAUGAUAGUGGUCAUCGCAUGAACGGAAAGCUGUAUACGAAUAUCAAUUCCCCGACACACUAUCAAAAUCAAAACUCGUAUGCUCAUACAACUACUGCGAUAUAUGAUGAUUUAAAUCCAGAUUCUUUUUCACCUACAAUUUUAUUUGAUGAUAUAAAUGGCGAAGAUAUUUUAAAAACUAACCCCAAUUAUAAAGCAAAUCAUAGCUCAGUUGUUGAUCCAACAUAUCCAUCAUCUCAUCUCAAUGGGUUUUUAAAUAAUAAAGAAAAUGAGUAUCCCCAAGAUCGACAAUUUUUUAAAAACAACCAACAAAAUCUAAAAUCAAAAUCAUCAAUUUCAGAACCAAAACAAAUUCACUUUAAUUCAAUUCCACAAUUAGGCCAUAUUUCAAAUUUUCAUAGUCCAAUACAUCAAAGUACACCCAAUCCUAAACAAACCUUUAAAUCCAAUAAACCUGUAAAUAUGGGACAACAUCCAUUUAACGAUUCAAUCAAUACCACUAACGACGAUGAAUAUAUAACAAUUAGAAAAUCAGAUUAUUUAAGAAGUCUAGAUCAAUACCAACGAUAUAAACAACAACCACAAUUGAAAGAAAGUCUAAAUUCUCAAUUUAAUUUACAAUUAGAAGAACUUCAAAAUCAAAUAGAUCAAUUAAAGAUAACGGAUCUAAAUUUAUCAAAUAAAGUGGAUCAAAAUAGGGCCAAAAAUGAUAAUUGUUUCAAAGAUCAUGAGCUCAAACUAAUAAGUCGCAAUGAACAUGCUCAAAAUCAGAUCAAUAUAAUAAAAUUAAAAAUUAAUCAAUUGUCUCAAUUUAUUAAUGAAUAUAAUAUUAAUGGUGACGUCAAUGGAGAAGUUUCAAUGUUGAGAAUUGAUGAUAAAGAGGUAGAAGAAUCUUUAAUUGAAUUAAAUCCUCUUUGUGAAAUUAACAGGCAUUCUGCUUCAGCUCAUACAUCUUCAAGUAAAACUACAAGUCAACAAAUCCGGAGUAAUGAUCACCAAAGUUCGUCAAAAAAUUCAAACCCAAAUGAUAGUACAUCAGCUCAAAAUUUAAGUCCAACUUCAGUCACCAAUGAUAAUUCAAACAGUAAAAAUAGUCAAAAUAAAUCUGAUAAUAAACAAAAUACCAAUAAUCUAGCCGAUACCAACAAUGUCGUAAGACCUGUGUCGAAGGGUAGUGACAUCAACUGUGCUAGCAGUGUUACUAAUUCUGACACUCAUAGUAACGCACAAACUGUAAAUCUGAAUAAAGUUUGUACUUGUGGAGCAUCAUCAUCAAAUACUAGUCGAACUACAAAAGGUUCAGAAAGUUCGAAUAAUGAUUAUGUUACAUGUAGUACUAAUUUGAGACACUCAAGCGAUCAUAAUACUCGAACUAGUGGUAGUGCUAAUGGGGUUGUCAAUGAAGAAACUCAAAAUGUCAACAAUAACGAUAACAAUAACAAUAACAAUACUGAGAUUAAUGCCACCAUGAAUACAUCCGAAGAAACUACAAUAUCCGAAGAAACUCGUAAUGUCAACAAUGUAGUUAGUCAACAACAACAACAAAACUUGUAUCCAGAAUUUGAUCAUUUAAAAUAUCAUUAUCCAAUGCCGGGAAUGAUCAAAAAUGAACAAAAUUUAAACAGAAUAGAUACUUUAUCCCGAAAAGAUCUACAAUUUAUUGCAAAACAUUUAGUAUCAUCUAUGCAAAUAUCAAUAGAUGAUUUAUUUAUGGAAGUAACAAGAAUAGGAAUAUACAUUACUAAAUCAUCACAAUUUAUUAAAAAUUUACAUUUAUUACUAAAAGAUUCAAAAGUAAGUAUUGGGAAAUUUUUGAAAGGUGAAAUUAUGAAUGAUCUGGGAAAAAUAGAUAAUGAUUUAGUUGAAUUGGAAAAAUGUUUUGAUACAAUGUUUAGUGAUGUUAAUACUUUAAUCAAAUUGAAGAAAUUUUUAAUGGAAAAACAAGGUCAAAAGAUUAGAAUUUGA